AUGUCCAAUCAGCUCCAGUCAGGGCACUUUUUCGCUGUUGUCCCUCUCCGGAGUACCUGGAAUCAGAAGCUUGAAACGCGAGAUGAAGUGGAACAUGAGGGAUGGUUUUUACCUGCCUGCGAAGAGGAGGAUGUCUCUUCCUUAGCCACUCAGGAUGGACAUAUCAAUUUUGAUAUACGGAUCAUCGAUGAGAAAAAGAGUGUUGUCCAACCUCCAGCCGUGGCACCCACAGGAGACCCAUCUAUGGAUCGUCUCCCAACUCGUCCACCACAUCUUUCGGAUUUCACUCCACUCUUGCUGUUUGACGUCACUCCUUGCCGCCCGUCAAGGAUCCGCGGUCUCAACCUCUUUUCCCCAUAUUUGGUGUCCUCCGUCCCGCUGGUCUCCUGGGUUGGAUACGGUACCUCGUACGCGGACUUUAUCGCGCUCUCUUAGUGGCGAAAAUCGCUCUUCUUUUCCCCUAAAUAAUAACCAGGUCAGCUUCGUCUCACACGAUUCUCUCAUCCUUGUGUGUUUGAUUUAGACAGAUAUCCAGGAGAUAUAUUUCCACCACAUAGGGUGCUGGCCUCCCCAAGAAUAGAUCUCUUACCGCGCUUAUGGCUCCUUGAUCCAGGGGCUGCCUUUCAUUCACUCUUCUUGUCUUUCUGUCUUUCCUUCUUCUCUCCUGGAUCUUCCUUUUCUUCCGCCUUUGGAAGAUUUACAAGAACUAUAUCCUUAGUGAUCGACUGGCAUCGGUUUAGCCUUCCACUCAUUGUGCAUCGUGUCUUUUUCAUAUAGAUAGCCGGGUUCCACCGCGGUUACAUAUAUGCUUCAAUCCAUAUAUGUACGCUGACCCCUUGGAGGCCCUUUUGCUCUUGUGCCCC